AUUUUGUAAAUGUGGGCUAUAUAAAUAAAAUUUGAUUUGAUUUGAUUUACGUUACUUGCUAAAUGAAACACAAUAAACUGUAAAGAAUUGACGCGCAAGGAUGACAUGCAAAUGCGUGAAGCAUCCCUCAUUUGUGGGUCCUGUGGUGUACCGGUUAGCACGCCUCCCUCGAAAGCAGAGAGGCAGUUCAAUUCCCAGAGAAAACAUCCUCAGCGCUUACUAUGGGCAGCCUGUUAACAGCAUAUUUGCUGCUAACACAAUAAUUCUCCAAAUAUGGGAUCAAUGUAGUAUAAUUUUUUUUUAAGGAAUCCGUGUAGCCCUUGUUAGGAAUGUUUGCUUUAAGGCUGGGGUUUAGUCAAUGAGGGGCUGUCAUUAAAUUUAGUUGAUGCUUCCAAACUGGUCCUUUUUUUAAGUCGAAUUAUGAGAGAAAACACGCUGCAGUUUUGCAACUUUCUGUCCCUUUAACAGUAAAGGCGGUGGCGCGGAGACUGCAGCAUCAUCUUCCCUCCCAACAUCCUGCAGACUGACGAAGACUAACGAAAUAUAACGAAGACUGACGAAGACCCGAGACCACCAGGAGAACAUCGGGCACUUUCACAGCCGCGAUGAGAGACUUUACAUCGAACUCCAGUCAGGGAAGAACCAACAUGACCUGCUGCCGGUUCUGCGUCUUCUUCUUUACGGCGUUCUUCAUUAUCGCUGAGAGGACGGCGUUGAUCUACUGCUUCGUGUACUAUCUUUGGGUGGGUCACAACUACUGCUACGCCUACCUGGCUGGAUGUACUGCUCUGUUCCUUCUGCCUGGCUGGGCCCCCCAGUGGCUCAGCUACUUGUGGUACUUGUCAGAUGGACGUAUUCGGAGAAAGUCCCUCACAUGGACACAUAUACUGCACCUGGGAAUCUUUAAGAGACUGUGGGAGUGCAUGUGUCUGCCAGAGGAGGACGUGUACGGUGAGAUCAUGCAGCAGGCAGAUGUUUCUGCCCUCAGGUUGUUCGAAGCCUUGGUGGUCACCCUCCCUGAGACACUGCUGCAGGCCUACGUGCUCAUCUGUACUGAUAUCGGAAUCAAGUCUCCAGCCUCAGUGUGUUUUGUGGUCUGUCUGGUGUCUCUCUCCUGGGCCUUGGUGGUCUACGCCAGAGCCUGUUUACUCAUCAGACCUGGUCACCUCCAAAUGACCCCUGCUGCCCUUCUCUGUCGACUGCUAUGGAGAGUCAGCAUGUUGGGAUCUCGCUUCGCAGUUUUAAUGCUCUUUACACGAAUCUUCAAACAGUGGAUCCUGGGAGUGAUUGGUGUACACUGGCUAGGUGCAACCUUCUGGAUGGUGUCUCAACAGACUGACAUUAUAAAAUCAACCAGUCGAUGGAGAAUCUUCAACCUCGUCCUCGGAGCCGUUCACAUCUUUCUCUUCCUCAACGUGAAGUACGGUCCGUCUAGAUAUCGCAUGACGGGCUUCUAUCUGGUCAUGUUCUUAGAGAAUGCUUUACUUCUUCUGGCCUCAUCCUGGUUAUUCACCAUGGUCUCCUGGGAUACUGUCGGCAUCCCAGCUGCUGUGUUCUGUAGUUUCCUGAUUGGAGUCAUCGCAUUGGUUCUCUACUAUCGCUUCCUUCACCCUAAGUCCUUUGAGAUUUUCCAGAGUAUUCGACACAAAGGGAUCGGAGGAGCUUGCAUGGAGCGGGGCUCCACACUGUCAUUGGAGGAAAAGGUCACACCUACGUUUCAUCGCCAUGCAACACUGUCUGGAGGGGGCACUCUUAUGGACCUUCCAGUCCAGUGGGAGGGCUGGAAACACCACCACUGGCUGUUGAUCCGUUUGGCUCUGAAAACAGGGGACAAAGCAACCAUCUGGUCAGCCUAUGGAGAAGGUGGACUGGCAGGGCUGAUGGGUCUUUCUGAAGAAGUUCACUCUCCAGAUGAACCAUACCUCCGUCAGAUUCUGACGACUCCACCCCUGAUCACACAUCCAGCUUCUCCACCGGUGGUGAGCCAGGCUCCUCAGGUCACAGAGCUCAUACAACCACCAAAGCCGCCUCUCACCAGUGUUGUAGCUCGGCCAAAAAGAAGAGCUCCACCCUUAACAAUUCAGGACAUGCAUAGGUUUCCAGAGAUUGUUCCAGUACAAGAAGUCAUUCCUGAAGAGACAGCAGAGUCUAUGACACCCGCAUCAGAGGAAAAGGGGGAUGAAGAGUUUCAGAGCGCUGCCUGUGGCUCACCCUCGCUGUCAUCAGCACGCCACCCAGGAAGUCUUCAGCGAAUCAACAGCAAUGCUGCAACCCUGACAGAAGCUUCUUCCUCUGUAGCAUCUCUGGAGAUCACUACCCCGGCCUGGUCACCUGAGCGACGCUCCCCUCUUCUGAUUGGUUCCCCAGAAAAAAAACCUGGGACCCCAUUGCAGUCUAAUGCUACGCUCUACUUCAGUGUAGAUGCACAGUCUCCCUCUAGUGGCAGCUACCUUGGUUGGGGCUCUGAGCUAUCACCCAUAUCCAGCUACAGGAGUCCAUACCGAAUCAGGGAGGCUCGCUUCAUCACAUCCACCCCUAGGGCGGAGCCUCCGCCCACUGUUCCUGAGAGUCCAGGCCCAGCCUCUGUGGUCGUGAUACCUGCCACUCCUACGCCCGGUGCCACACCUGUGGGUUCCUCUCCAAGGGGUUCAGCCUCUGCUGCAUCUACACCCAGUGUUUCAACCCCCCUGGCUUCUACACCUGCAGCUUCUACACCUGCAGCUUCUACUCCUGGUGCAACUACACCUGCAGCUACCACACCCAGCACUCCAGUGGUUCCACUCACUCCAGUUAUCUCCCAUGCACGUAAACAGAUAGCUCAGAUCAUAGACAGUGGAGAGAGAUUGGUGUAAGUAGGGUGAUGGUGGAGGUGGGAAGAGGAGGUGGGGCCAUGCCUGGGUGGGGUAUUAACAAGGCAUCUGUUUCAUUUAAAUUAUUUUAAGCUGUCAUUACUUUGAAAUGUCAUUUUUAGAAUUUUUUUAUUUUGCAUAUUUUGAUCAGAUGUGAAAGACGUUUAUUGGAGACGUGGGCCAUACCACAGACAAAAUGAAAAUAGGAAAAUAUCUGGGAUGUGGCCCAUAGUUGGUCUUUUUCUUUCCAAGAGUUGGUCUAGAAGAUGCUGUGGUCUGGAUUUGGACUAAAUUUCAUCCAGGUCUCCAGAUGACACCAGUGGAGGGAAAGGCAGAAUGUGACCUAGUCUGCUCUAUGUGUGCUGAGUACCGAUCAUGUGACCUUGAGGUCUAGGUGUUCAAGACCAGUUCAAGCAUGAGGCAGUUUUCUAGGAAUGAAGGAGGUUGAAGUUAAUGUUAAACAAUUAUUUUAGCUCUUUGAUUUGAAAUAUGAGUAGAAUCCCACAAAUGUGGACUUGACCACAUUUUAACGUCUUCCAUACAUUUUUCCUGUAUUUUCUAAACCAAGCAGGAGGACAAAUAAUGAAAUAAAAAGGAUUGAAACUGAUGAACCUGAGCAGCAGCAGGAACUUUGAAACGAGUAUAAAAAUCACGUGAUGAGAAAAGCAAAUGUAACCUGGCGUGGUGAUAAAACCACUGCAUGUUCCAUGUUAACACAGACGUCAUUGUUAAAGCACCUACCACUAGUAGUUAUUAACUCACACCUGAAUGUAACUGUAAGUCAAUGGGAUGUUGUGAUGCAGUAUGUGCUUCAACUGCUUCUUUACCGUGACUCAGCGCUUUGCCUUGUAGAAGAGACACAGCUGUGUGUCAGUGUUUCGGACGUGUGAAUAUUUGCCUGUUU